AUGGAAAUCAUACAAAUGUGUGAUCAUACAGAUCAAUCAGUACAUGAACGUUGUUCUGCUAUUAUCAAACGAGUUAGAACCCAAACGGAAACUUGUGAUGAAUUAUCAUUAGAGAAAAAAGAAGCUAUUAUUCAACCAUCAAAACGCCGAUUUUCAUUUAAAGAAAUUGAUUCUAUCAAAACAGCUCGUACAAAAAGUUUUAUUAACUGGCCUCAUUCUACUCCUAGCCGUGAGUCAAUGGCAUCGAAUGGAUGGUUUUCUUGCAAUAUAAAUGAUCGAGUUAUUUGUAUAUAUUGUAAUACUAUAUGUCAACGUUGGACAUCUAAUGAUAAUCCACAAGAAGUUCAUCAAAGACUUGCACCUCAAUGUGCAUUUGUUCUAUCAUUAUCAUCAUCAUCAUCAAAACCUAAACCUUUAGUAAUGGAUCAAAAUAUUGGUGAACCCUUUAAACCACAUCAUGCAUCUAUGUGCGAGAUAUCUCGUCGAUUACAAACAUUUAAUAAUCCUUCUUGGACACAAAGUUCUCCAACUGCUGAUGAUUUAGCACAAGCAGGAUUCUUUUAUUCUGGCAGUGAAAAUACAGUAACUUGUUUUUAUUGUAAUGGAUCAUUACAUAAAUGGAGUGCAAAAGAUAGUCCAAAAGUAGAACAUUGCCGAUGGUUUCCCAAUUGUAUAUAUGCUAGACAUUUCUGUGGAGAUCCUCUUUAUUUUCGAAUUCAAAUGAAAAAAAGUCAACUUACAAAAAAGAAUGAUGAGAUUGAUCAAAAUACUCUUGUUCGUCUUGUUAAUGCAUGA